GCGGAACCGUGGUGCCGCGGCAACGCGGCCCGGCGGCCCCGGGCACACUGGUGGAAGGGAAGGGGCUGUGCUGUCCCCACCGUCGUCUUCCGGUUCCGGCGCGCCGUGCACGGCGGGAAGUUGUGGGAGGCCAUUACCGGAGAGCGCGGGCUCGGGCUGGGGUGGUUGCCGGGCGGUGUAGAGCCACAGCACUGCGAACAUGUCAAUUGGUGUACCAAUUAAAGUCCUGCACGAGGCCGAAGGCCAUAUUGUGACGUGUGAGACCAAUACAGGAGAAGUUUACCGAGGCAAACUUAUUGAAGCUGAAGACAACAUGAAUUGUCAGAUGUCCAACAUAACGGUGACAUACAGAGAUGGCCGAGUGGCGCAGCUUGAACAGGUGUACAUCAGAGGUAGCAAGAUACGGUUUCUCAUUUUGCCAGAUAUGUUGAAGAAUGCCCCUAUGUUAAAGAGCAUGAAGAAUAAAAACCAGGGUUCUGGAGCUGGGCGAGGAAAAGCAGCUAUUCUCAAAGCUCAAGUGGCUGCAAGAGGAAGAGGCCGUGGUAUGGGCCGCGGCAAUAUCUUCCAGAAGCGGAGAUAAUCUUGGUCUUGACCGACAUGCUUUUUUUACUAGGAGGUAUUAACUUGACUACAUGUGCAUUGGUAUCAGUUUUGUUUAAUAAAUGUUUCUGACAAAAACUUGUCUGCUCCUCUGUGACAGGACUCCUCUUGGGCAAAUAUUUUGUAGGUUGUUUUCAAACUUAAAGUUGCUUUGUCUGGAAAACAGUGGACUUUAUAUCUAAAUUUGACUACUUUGUAUUUGUGUGAUGCAUUGAGUUUUAAAGAUCAUCAUGUUAUUUUUUUCUUGCUUGGUCCUGUUGUUCAUUCUCUAUAGAAUUGGAAGGCAUUCUUGAUGAAGAAUUUUUAAAUAAUAUGUUUUCAAGUCAUACUAGCAGCUGCAUUUGUGGAACAUAGAGGUAGCUUCCUGAGAAGCAAAGCGCUGUGUUCUUUUGCUUCAUGUGGACCUACAAUAGGUAGAGGUCCAUCUUCAGAGCUGCACGUUGGGCUUGUGUUCUUGCAUUUCUUCUUUUUCUCUUUGGUUACAGGGAGAAUUUUUCAUUAGGAACACACAGGUUUAAUAGUCUGAGUCUAUAUUUUCAGUGAAGAAUUCUGUUCUAACUCUCUUAUUUGUUCCCCUGUUUGUUUGGUUGUUUAUUUUUCCUCUGCCUGGGAAAAGAAGACAAUAUAGGCAUUUGAAAUGUUUUGUGAAUUUGAAAAGUAGUGCGGGUUGUGUGGUGAUAUGAAUGGUUAUCCAUUAAAUACAAUGCAAUACAAAUGCAAAUCUUUUCAACAAAACUUAGGAUCAACUUUUGGUCAUAUAGAUCAUCAGCUGAUCUGCAGGAAGCCAAAAGUAGUUGUAACUUUAUUUUGCUAGAAGUAUGGAGUGGCGGACUUACUGACUUAGAGGGUUGAAAUGUUUAAAUAUAAUACUUCUGUACCUAAUCACAUACUUGCAUACAAUCUAUUAUCAGUCUGUAUGUGUGUGAAAUCUCUAAUCUUGCUUUUCUGAUCCGAUGCUGUGAAGACUCUCCCUUGUGUGCAGACAUGAAAGUUGAACUAAUGUAUUAAUUUGUUGAAUUGUCUGUAAAUAAAGCUGUGUUUGGUCUCUCAUCACUAGAAAAA